AUGGCUCACGUGCUUAUCGAGCCAAAAUUUUGGACUUCCUACUUCGCAAAUCUGUAUCCUUCACUUGCACACCAUGCAAAAUCAGACAAGAAGGCAGACAAAAAGACGGCAGAUAAGGCCAAGGCUGCCAAAACAGCUGCUGCCUCACCCGCAAAAGCAAAGUCGCUAGCGUCAUCCAAAGAGAUUUUGGCCAAGGCUAAAGUACUCAAAGCAUCGAACGGAAAGGCUUCCGUUAAACGUGCCAACGACGAAUCAUCUGACGAUUCCUCAGACUCCUCUUCGGAAGACGAAACAGCCUAA